AUGACCUCAGUCGUUGAUAAAAGAUUGAGUGAUCAAUACGAGGGGCUUAAAGAAUGUGAUGAGGAAAUAAAUAAUAUUUUAAUAUCAGUAAAAGAUGAUUCAGCUUUGAAACAAUUAAUAACAACCGCAAUAUCAAAUGCAAACCAGAGCCAACUUCAGUCCAUAAAUGAGGAUGACAGAAUUUCAAACCUAAACCUCCUUUCACUAAAUCAAUUAAAUACUAAAUUAGAAAGCACGGAGAAACAUCUUUAUCAACUAAACAGUCUUAAUGAGAUCACUACAUCAUUUAAUGAAAUUGAAAAAUUAAUAAACAACUUGGAGAUAACACCUAAUUCAUUACUAGAUCUACAAUAUUUGAAUGACUUGUUUAAAAAAAUACAAUUGGAAUUAUCAUCUUCUCACAAUUCAAACUACGUGAUUUAUAAACAAAUAACCCGAAAAAUUGUCAGACAUUAUCAACAAUACAUGGAAAUCUUAAAUGACUAUUUGAAAAUAAUAAUUCCAAACGAAUUCUCAAUCACUAAUGUAUCCUUAUUAAAUGAUUUUAAUUCCUUUUUGAUCAAAAAUGAUUUUCAACUAAAAUUAUACAAUUCUUACAAGUUAAAGUACGACGGCAUAGUUGAUGAAAUUUAUAGAGGUUAUAACGAAAAGCUCAACAAUAAAUAUGGUAUAACAUUAAUUGAGAAGGAAGAUGGAAAUCGUGUUGAAAUGAAUUUUACAAACAAUGCAUCAAAUAGUAACGAAGAUAACAGCUUCAUUCUUGCAUAUGGUAAUUUUAUCAAAUUCAUAAAUCAAUUAAAUCAUAAACCAACGAAACAAUUUUUGAAUACAAAAAUCUCCAAAAACUUGAAUAAUUUAGUAUUCAAGAACAUCAAUACGAUAAUUAAUAAUGAUUUAUUGAUAUCACAAUUGAAUAAUCUAAUUAAGGAAUGUGAAUCAAAUGAUUGGAAAGUUUUGUUCACAGUUGGGAACAAUGAAACCAUUGAAGAAAAACUAAAAGAAUUACACUUGGAUUGGACAAUAGACAAGUAUAUCAACAAAAUUAGGGAUUUGAUAAAUGGAACCAAUUUUAGUGAAACAAAAGAAAUAGAAGACGAAUUUGAUUUAAUACAAGAAGAGCCGAAAAAUCAAGAAUUGAAUCUUAAUGGCAAUCCAGAGGAUGACAAUGACGAUGGAUGGAAUGAAAGUUGGGAUGAUGGGUGGGAUCAAGAUAAUGAAGAUGAAAAUAAAAUUCUGGAGGAAAAAGUUAAACCAAGAUCAUCAAGUACUUCUAAUGUAAUAACUAUAUCAACCUUGCCUGAAUCUUUGCUCAAUAUUUACAAAGACUUUUCAAACUAUUCAACAAAUUUUAAAUAUUUGAACUUAAGUAUUGAAUCGAUAUCACCUAUAAAGUAUCCAUCCUUAAAAAAUUCAUUUUUAAUCUAUAAUGAUCUUUUAAAACUAUCGAAAGAUAUACAAGAUUCAUCUUUCAUAACAUAUGCAAAUGAUAUGUGGAAUCAAGUAUUGAUUCAGUUUUAUCAAGAAUUGAAAAUAUUAAUUUUAUCAAUAAAUUUUGAGCAUGAAGAAGUUUUAGAUGAAGACGAAGACGAAGAAUCAACAAAGCAAUUAAAUGAUUAUAACUUAAAUCAAUUAAGUUUAAUUUAUCAAUGGUUCAGAAUAUUCUUCGAAGAAAAAAGCUUGAAAGCAACGAAUUUUCAAAAAUUCAAAGUUUUGAUAAUUGAAUUAAUUGAAUUUUGCAAUAAUUUGGUUAUAAGUGUCAUAUUAAAUUUUGAUGAUAUAUCAGAAUAUCAAUGUACUUUAAUAAGUUUGAUAAUUAGCAACCUUAACAACAUAACAGUAUCAUAUUUGAGUCUAAUAGAAACAACAAAAGAUGAAAUCAACUCAUUUAAUAAAUUAAAUAACAUCAACUUUUUAUUAAAUAAUCAUUUGAAAGAUAUCAUGGAUAGAUUUUAUAAUGGAGAAUUAUUUGAUUUAUCAACAAAUGAAAUAAUUAAAUUAUUAACUAGUAUAUUUUUGAAAAGUGAAAUUAGAGAUAAUUAUAUCAAUGAAAUUAUAGAAUUUAGAAAUAUGACUGAGGAUGACUGA